AUGAACCCUUUCCUAAUAGCUGAGAUUGUUGACAGAGUUCUGUUCUACUUGGAACUAGAUGAUGAAAACCUACAUCCUUGUCUUUUAGUUAGCAAAUUAUGGUGCACAGUUACUGCACCGUUAUUAUGGCAGGACGCACUCAGCAAUGUCAGAAUUAAGAAUGUGAUAUCUAUUUACCUCCAUUGUUUACCUCCAGAUGAUGUAUCUGAACUUAGGAGCAGAAAGUUGAUAGAAGAUAUCACUAAACCCACUUUUAGAUACCCAACAUUCCUUAAACGUUUUUCAUAUUAUAAUGUAAUGUUUCAAAUCGGCUCCUUUCUUAAAUAUAAUCAAGCACAGGUUUCUUAUUUAUUUGGCAAAAUCUGGAAGGUUAUGGCUAUCCAUGACGUCAGAUUGACCGAGUUGCACAUAAAUGAUCUCAAGGCGGACAUGCCAGAUUAUCUUUCACCGUUGCUCAAAGAACGUGAGUAUCGGGCAGUAAUUGUUACUGUAAAGCGUUUGAUGUAUCACCAUACUGAAAAGUAUGAUGAACUCAUUCGUGCACUCGCAGAGACUUGCUCAAACGUUAAAAGAUUGCACUUAUUUGAUCAUCACCCAAUCAAGCAUAAGAGACCCUUAUUGAGGCCUGACAUGGAGCCAAUUGCCAGUCUUAUAAGUAAACAAAAAAGUCUCAAAGUAGUCCGAUUCAACAACAUUCAUGGAGGCAUGUAUGUACUGCUUCCAUCUUUUCAAUCUCAACUCCACUCUUUGAAAUAUAUUUACUUUACACGAGUGGAUUUCACUGAUGCAAGACCUUGGAAUGUAUUGGCUAAAGCAUCAAAAAUGGAAUUUUUAUCAAUCAAAAAUUGUAUGGGCAUGAAGGAUGAAAUGGUGAACCCUUUAAUUGGUGCACAACUACCUAAUUUAAAAUAUGUUGAUUGGGAUUGCUCACCUUAUGAUAUACUGACUUAG